UAUUACUUAAAUAGUUAGGAAAAAAAAUAAACUAUUUAAAAAUAUAUAUAUCAAUAGGCCGAUAUGAAACGUUUAGUUUCGUAUUUGUAAGGUGUUUGGGAGUUUCUGUGUGAAAUUUAGUCGUUUUAUUGAGAAAGUCUUGGUAGUUUUCGGCGAUGUCGGGUUUGGACGUGGUCUGCGAGCGAAUUCACUUCAGACACGACCCGAAGUGGACGGCUCGGCUCGGCUCGCCCGACAGCGGCCAGCUGCUCUGCACAGCCUGCGUGGUGGAGAUGAUGGAGGACAGCGCGAUAUCGGUGGUUCGGAAGAAGCACGCCCUCUGCUGUUUCAAGAGCGUCAUGACGCGCUUCCCGGCCGAGGUGGCGGAGCUGCUGUUGCAAGACAGCCGUGUUUGCGUGCAUUUCAUCGGGACGCUGCUGGCAAUGCUGCACAGCUCCGAAGAAGCCUCCGUGCUCGAGGAAGUCAUCCAAGUGCUGGUGCAGCUCCUGGUGGAAUUGAAGUCAGACCAGCUUCUGCACUGCGUGCUGGAGGAGUGUGAAAAAAAGUUGCUCGGCCCGGCCAGCGUGAGGCGCUGCCUGCCCCUGUUCACCUUCCUGGGGAAGCUGCUGGAGUCGGUCCCGGGCUCAGCUGAGAGGCUGACGCUGGAACACAUGCCUCUGUUGCAGCAGCUCUCCGGGGCACUCCUGUUCCCUGACGAGGGGGUCCAGGCCUCUCUGUGCUUUGUGUUCGGGAGGCUGUAUGGAGGGGGAGGAGGAGGAGGAGGAGGGGGGGGCUCGGCAGCCCAGGACAGGCUCUCUGCGCUCUUCAGAGACAGGCUGUGCGCAGGACUGCUGACAACCAUGAGCAGAGCUCAGAGCAGGGAGCUGCACAUCAACUGCCUGGGUUUCCUGAAGCAGCUGCUCAGCUCCAGUGAGUUUGUGUCGCUGCUGAUGGAGCCCCCUGUGAACGAGCAGAACAGCGAGGAGACUGAGAUCACACAGGGGGGCUCCCUGCCUCUGACACUGAAGAGGCUGCUGCUGAGCCGGGACGAGACCCUGCAGAUUGCCAGCUCCCAGUGCAUGGCGUCUAUACUGGUGCACUCUCCACACCAGUACGCUGCACCACUCAUACUGGCAGACAUACCGGAGUUCCUGUUUGAGAGGUUGAGCUGCAGUAAUGAGGUUUUGCUCUGGUCUGUGUACAGCUGCCUGCUGCUGCUGACUGAGGAGAAACUCUUCUUCACAAAGUGCCACUCUGUGUACGGUAUUGAGUCUCUGGUGCGCAGUGUGAGGGAGUCUGUGAGGCUGGGAAACCCCGAGGUGCAGAAACAGGGGCUGCUGCUGUUCAGAGAGGUGCUGCAGAGGCAGCCCGAGGGCAUCAAGCUGUUCUCCAGCCCCGCUUCAUUCAGGGAGGCUGCAGAGACCCUGAGAGAGGGCAUUACCAGCAGCAGCCUGGAGGUGGCGACAGAGGCAGCCUGCGCAGCCUCAGCACUGCUGAGGAUCAGUCACCUCCCUGUUCCAGUGUGUGUGCCUGUGUGUCCUCAGUGUCAGUGUGUGUUUCUGUGUGUUCUCAGGAUCAGUCACCUCCCUGUUCCAGUGCAGUACCAGGCCCUGCAGAGUCUGGUGGAGGUGGCUCUGGAGCGAUGCAGAGACACAGCAGAGACUGCCAGCCUGACACAGCGCCGAGCCACAGCACAGACCGCCUCGGAGCCCUCGAGAGCGGGGGCGUUCAUACUGAGCUCCCUGGAGACCUUCCACAGAGCCUGCAGGCUGGCUGCGGACUGCUCUCUCCACCCCUCUCUGCUGCUCAAUGUCUUCACAGCCCCUCACUCUCACAGCGUCGUCGACACCCUGGAGAGCUUCACUCGCUUCCUCCUCUCUGCGUGCGACACCCUCUGCAUUCCCACCGUCACCAGCCUGUGUGAGAGAGCUCCCAGUGCCUCACUGAUACUGGUUUUCUACUCCGUCCUCAACUCCCAGUACAGCCUGGUCCCCAGCAUGAUGGGACAGUUCUCUGCCAAACUGGCUUCAUCCUCUUUCUUCAGACUGACCCUAGAGCUGAAAGCAGCCUUCUGUGCGGGAGAGAGGAACGCUCAGCUCAAUGCAGUUUGCUCUGAGUUCCUGUGCAGAGUGAGCCUGAGCCUGCUAGCAAACCAGCAGACAGCAGAGUCCACACAGCAAGAGCUGGAUGAGCUGCAGUGUGUGUUGCAGAGGGCUCUGCCCAUGUUGACCUGCCGGCUGUCAGACUGCCCCAUCCUGCUCAGCGAGGACCCAGGAGGGGAGGUGGGGGUGAGGGACACACAGCACUGCCUGCUCACCCUGCUGUACCUGGCACACCUCCACCAGGACAGGUUGGUUCCUGAAGCCAGCCUCUUCCCAGCGGUCUGCAGUUUCCUGAUCUGCAGCCAGGAGAGGAGAGAAACCCAGCCUGCCUUCACACUGAGAGCAGCUCUGUACCUGCUGUCUGUGAGCCAGGCUUACAGCAGAGAGCUGGACUGGUCUCCCCUGAACAGCAUCUGCAGCUCCCUGUGUGUGCACCCAUCUUUCUCCUCCCUCUACACACACCACCCCCUGGUUUUGAGGUUCCUGUUCCGGUACCCCACGCUCACAGACCGCUUCGGACUGCCGGCCCUGCAGCGCUGGCUGGGGCAGGGAGACUGGACCGGGCCCCAGGAGAACCAGGACCCGAGCUACAGGGCUGUGCUGGCCGUCAUCCAGGACAACCCCAGCACCAUACUGGUCUUACUGGGUAUUGUCUGCACUGGAGAGGCCCAGCUAUCCCACAAUGCCCUGCUGGUGCUGAAGUCCUACCUGCAGGGUCGUGACCCCGGCGACCUCUCGUCCUUGGAGCUGCUCAGACCCCGGCUGCUCCAGAUCCUGCAGCGAGUCGGGAUUGAGAGCGAGGGCCGGGCCCCCGAGGUGAGCAAGAGUCUGUCUCUAGUGCUGGAGCUGCUGUGUGUGGUUCAGAUGAAGAGCUCUGCCGGGAGAGACAUGGACAGCACUGACUUCAAACUGCUGUACCACGUCAGCACCCUGGCUGGUAAAAUGCAAUCCUCCAGCACUGAAGCCCUGCAGCCUGCCUUCAACUACCUGUACUGCAGCCUGUGUGCCUGCAACAGCGGAAGAGCUGUCUCAAUGCUGCUCUCCAAUGUUGGCCUGUUGGAUCUGCUCCAGUCUGUCUGGGAGCUGUACUGGGCCAGGCCUCAGUCCUCAGACUCUCCUGCCCACAGCUCCCUGCUUUCCUCAGCCUGUCUGCUGCUCAGCGCCCUGCUCCAGUCCCAGCGGACUCACAGCUCCCAGGUUCACCGGGGGCUCAGUCUCAGUUUAGAUCAGAUUCUGCAGCUUCUCUCCUUCAGGAAGAAGACAGGCAGUUUGCUGCUGGCCUCCUCCCUGCAUCUCUUGCAGACUCUGUUGGAUCAGGACCUGAGCUCCUCUCUACUGACGGUCAGCCCGUCUGAGAGGAGAGAGCGCCCCCUAGAGGCCCCCGAUUCUGCCCUGUACCCACUGAGCAGCGAGAGGGCAAACUGGCUGCUGACAGCCCUGCAGAGCCUGCUGAUACAGAGGCAGGAGCUGCUGCUGCACUCUGCAGUGGGGUGUCUGGGGGCUCUGCUGGACUUCCUGACUCGGAGGAACCAGAACACAGCCCUGCAUGCCGUGUCCCAGCCCUGGACUCGUUUCCUGGUCUACACUCUCCUCAAUUCGGGAGAGGAGUUGGUGCUGCACCCUGCUCUGCUCUCUCUGAUCACCUUGCUGCAGAUCUCAGGGCCGGCGCCUCCAGGACUGAAGGAGAAGGAGGCAGCGCAGAAUCUACUGGAGGAGCUGGAGAGAGAGAGAGAGAGGAGAGAGAGAGAGGGAGAUGAGAGAGAUGAGAGGAGAGAGAGAGAGAGAGAGGAGAGAGUGAGAGAGAGGAGAGACACAGACUGGGAGCAGCACUGCUAAGCCAUAACCAGCAGCAAAAUAAAACUCAAACCACUUCAGGACUGUUGAUGAACAUCUCAUUCCAGUAGCAAAAGUGUUAACCAGAGGAAAGAAAAUUAGUUUUUUGAUUUUUUUUAGCUGUUUAUAUAUGUGUAUAUAUAUAUAUAUAUUUGAUUGGUUUGUGAUGCUGUUGGAAUAAAUCCACAGUAUAGGGAAUGCUGCCCCCACCCAGUCCUGGUGAGAAGAGGUACUGUCGUAAAAAGAUAUAAAACUACAGCUCCCAGCAUGCCUCUGCAUUAGCAGCAACAGCGAGGGAUGAUGGGAGCUGUAGUUCUGUAUCAGGCAGGCGUAGCACCAUUACCAAAAUAAGGCCGAAAAUAAUCGGAAACACAAACUACAGCUCCCAGCAUGCCUCCACAAAACAGUGAGGGGUGAUGGGAGUUGUAGUUUGUUUUAUAUACAGGUGGGGUUGUCUCAGAAGAAGCAGUCGUUGUUUGUGUUAUUAAAG